AUACUGAGGUCUAGCCAACAGCUCGAGCUGAUCAGCGCUGCCUUUUGCACAACAAAGAAACUUAACUGUGAUUUUGAGCGCUUACGGGAACUGUUGACUCAGAACAUAGUAGAGGUAUUGGUUAAACACAAAGGGAAAUGAUGACGACAUGGUGCUGUGUUGCUGUAUUUCUGCUUCUACACUUCAGUCACUAUGGACAAGGCUGUCCUGACCAGUGUCAGUGCUACUCAGUAACAAAAGUGAUUUGCUCCAGUGAUAAAAUGUCAAGCUUGCCUGAUAGCCUUUCCUCAGAGGUGAGGGAGUUGAUCGUGGUGGCAUCCGGCAUGACACAUAUCUACUCCUUCACUUUACGAAACAACGAGAGGCUAACCAAGCUUGUCCUACUCAACACCAGCCUUCAGGUGGUCUCCCCUGGGGCUUUUUUCAGCCUGACUGAGCUGCAGGAACUUGAGAUCAGUGGGAGCAAAUAUCUGAAGGACCUGGACGUGGAGACCUUCAGCAAACUUGGCAACCUCCGAAAGCUUCUGCUCAACCACAAUGGAGUCAAGAGUCUGAAGGAGGGUCUCUUUGACACCCUGCACAAUCUGGAGACCCUUCAACUGCGGGGAAAUGGACUCACUGCUCUGCCACCUCUCCUCUUUCAUAAUCUCUGCAACCUCCAGGCUCUGGAUCUGUCGGAUAAUUCCAUUGUCACUCCAGGUGGGAGCUUCUUCCAAAACUUGAAAGAGUUGAGAUCUCUCAGGUUAGGCUUCAACCAGAUCCACUCUUUGCAGCCUGACAUGUUUCAGAAUACCUCACACCUGAGAGAGAUUGAUCUCCAGGGCAACAGGAUCUCUCUUCUCCCUCAAGAAAUUUUUGCCCACUUAAAUGAAUUGGAGGACCUAAAUCUCCGCAGCAACCACAUACUGGGUUUGAGCCCUGAAAUGUUUCCUUCCAGCCUGAAGGUGCUAAACCUAAAACAGAACAAGCUAUUCCAGCUUUCGUCCGGGUCAUUCCGCAGUCUGCCGCGUCUUAAUGUCCUAAACCUGUCUCAGAACAAGCUCUCGGUUCUCCCCGAAGAUCUUUUCAGAAACCUCACCUCUUUAUAUCAUCUGGACCUCUCUGAGAACCAUAUUAUUAAUAUAGCCAGCACUGCUUUCAGUGGUCUAUCCAAAAUCAAGUUCAUUAAUUUAGAAAGUAACAACCUGAGUUUCAUAGAAGUGGACACAUUCAGGGACCAAAAGGAUAUUGAGCGGCUGUACCUGUCCAAGAACCACCUAAAGAAUCUACCAUAUGGCUUCUUUGACGUUAUUGAUUUCCAGUGCAUUCUGCGUCUCCAUGGAAACCCAUGGAGUUGUGACUGUGGUUUGGUGUACCUCCAUGAGUGGUUGGAGUACAGUAGCAAAACAGUGGAGGACUUGAGUAAGGUGUACUGUGAUGGACCUUCAGCUCUUAAAGGUCAGAGUCUGAUCACUGUGGACCUAGACCAAUUGGUCUGUCUAAACAGCUCCAACUCUCACCAGCAAACCCAAACCAGCUGUCCUCAACCAGUGGGCAAGGGGGAACCUUCUGCCAAAAACACUACCCUUUGCAGCAUAGAGGAAGUCAGUGGGGCAUUUUCCAUCAACUGCAGGCUGGUUAAAUGCUCCAAUGUGAAAAUCGAAGCCAAUUUUGACCAAGCAGAUAUCAGGAUAAGGAUAUCCCCGAGUUGUGGGAAUAAACCAUAACUUUCACUCUUUGGAUAUCUGACAGGACGUAUAUUUCCAUUGUCUGGAUAUUUGGAUGGACCCUAACUCUUACUGUUUGAAUAGAUGUCACAUCAGAUUUCCUUUUUCUGCUAACUAAUGCAUAAUAACAUAUAGCACAUGGACGCAAACAUGUAUGUGUGCACCAGCACACAAACACACACACACACACACACACACACACACACACAUUUUGUCUAAUCUUAAAACAGCUGAGCAAUUUUCAUCAAAUUAUUUCACUUUAAUUUGAAUGUGAUCACUGAUCACUUAUUUGAAUGUGGAUGUGGUUUAAAUAAAUGGUAAAUCCA